AACAACCUUAACACCACUGGUCUUUUGUCUGGGGCCUUUUGGCUCAUCUGCUGAAUUGUUGUGCUGCGACUGUUUACAAUUACUCUCAGCUGUGAAAAAGUGGGGUUGUGUCUUCAUUUCGACCACUUCUACCCAGUUUCCUUUUUCUCGAAUCCCCUUUCCUUCAAUAUAAAACCUUUCCAAUUCCCUUUGUUUUUUUUAUUUUCAGCUUCGUUUUUACUUCUUCAUCAGAUCCGUAAUCUCAUACUUUUCAAUUAUAGUACACUUUCACUACUAUUCCUUUUAUAUUCUAUUUCAUCUCGAUAUCUAUAUUCAAUCACAAUGGGCUUACCUCUAUCUACCAAAAUUACCUUGCCAAAUGGUAUUGUUUACGACCAACCAACCGGUUUAUUCAUCAACGGUGAAUUUGUUCCAUCCAAAUCCGGAAAGGUUUUCGAGGUCAUUGAUCCAUCAACCGAAGAAAAGAUCACUGAUGUCUAUGAAGGUUUUGCUGAAGAUGUUGACAUCGCUGUCGACGUUGCUGAACAUGUUUUCAAAAAGACUAACUGGGCCACCCAAGACCCAGCUGUCAGAGGCAAGCUAUUAAGCAAAUUAGCCGACUUGAUUGAAAGAGACUUGGAAAUCUUAGCAUCAAUUGAAUCCGUAGAUAACGGUAAGGCUAUUGUCUUAGCCAGAGGUGACAUUGGUUUAGUGGCCAAUUACAUCAGAUCUUGUGCUGGUUGGGCUGACAAAGUUUUCGGUAAGGUUGUUGAAUCUGGCGACUCUCACUUUUCCUACUCCAGAAGAGAACCUCUAGGUGUCUGUGGUCAAAUCAUCCCAUGGAACUUCCCAUUACUCAUGUGGUCCUGGAAAAUUGGUCCAGCUCUUGCUACUGGUAACACUUGUGUUAUGAAAACCGCCGAAUCCACUCCAUUGUCUGCCUUAUACGCUUGCAAAUUACUUAACGAAGCUGGUUUCCCACCUGGUGUCUUAAACAUCAUCAACGGUUUUGGUCCAACUGCUGGUUCUGCCAUUGCCACUCACCCAAAGAUUAAGAAAAUCGCUUUCACUGGUUCAACCAACACUGGUAGAAUUAUAAUGAAAGCCGCUGCCGACUCAAACUUGAAAAAGGUCACUUUAGAACUAGGUGGUAAAUCUCCAAACAUUGUCUUUGCUGAUGCUGACAUUGAACAAGCUGUUGCCAACAUCUCUUUGGGUAUUUUCUACAACUCUGGUGAAGUCUGUUGUGCAGGUUCAAGAGUUUAUGUUCAAGACUCUGUUUACGACAAAGUUUUGGCCGAAUUUGCUAAAGAUGCUGCCAAAGUUAAAGUUGGUAACCCAUUUGACGAAGAAGUUUUCCAAGGUGCUCAAACCUCUCAAAUGCAAGUUGACAAGAUUUUAUCCUAUGUUAAAGUUGGUAAAGAAGAAGGUGCUAGAUUAAUUUGUGGUGGUGAAAGAUUAGGUACCAAGGGUUACUUUAUCAAACCAACCAUCUUUGCUGAUGUUAAAGAAAACAUGAGAAUUGUUAGAGAAGAAAUCUUCGGUCCUGUUGUCACUAUAACAAAAUUCUCUUCUAUCAAUGAUUUGAUUGAAAUGGCCAACAACUCUGAAUACGGUUUAGCUGCUGGUAUCCACACCACAGAUAUUAACAAAGCUAUUGAUGUUUCUAACAGAAUAUCUUCUGGUACCGUCUGGAUUAACACUUAUAACGAUUUCCACCCAAUGGUUCCCUUUGGUGGUUACAACCAAUCUGGUAUUGGUAGAGAAAUGGGUGCUGAAGCUUUGGACAACUAUACCCAAACCAAAGCUGUUAGAAUUAAGCUCACCAGAAAAGAUGCUUAAAUUUAUUUUAAUCAAAAUCAAAAUAAAUAUUAAUGUUUUCUUUCACAAUUCUUUUUUUUAGUUGUUUCACGUCUUUUUUUUUUCUGUUUCUCCAUGUAUAUGGUUUGGAUUUUGUUAUGAAAAUUUUUUAUGAAUGAAC